AUGUCUGUGGCCUUUGCAUCAGCUCGCCAGCGAGGGAAAGGGGAGGUCACCCAAGCCACCAUUCAAAAGAUGUUGGAUGAAAACAAUCAUUUGAUACAGUGUAUCAUGGAUUACCAGAGUAAAGGCAAAACUGCAGAAUGUUCUCAAUACCAACAAAUGCUGCACAGAAAUUUGGUUUACCUGGCAACAAUAGCAGAUUCCAAUCAAAACAUGCAGUCAUUGCUACCUGCUCCGCCUUCCCAAAACCUGUCUAUGGGACCAGGAGGAAUGAAUCUCUCUGGAUCAAAUCAAGCUUUACAUUCACAAAAUGUUCCUAAUGACACCAUGGGAGGAGGUAUUCCCCCUUCCCCACUGAUGCAGAGUCAGAUGAGCAAUGGACCUUCUCAUGUUUCAGUGCAACAGUCAGGGCCAGCAACAAUACCGAGUUCUUCAAUGACCAUGCCCGUAAAUAACCAUGGAAGUGCAGGUGGUUACAGUCACUCUGUACCCUCAUCACAAGGCAUGCAGAUGCAGGGUCAGGGCCAGUCGAUGGCAAAUUAUGGAUCCCGGACAAACAUGAGCAUGCAAAGCAGUCAAGUUCCCAUGAUGCACCAUCAAGCCGCAACCUCACAUUACAGUACACCGCAAGGAGGUGGUCAGCAUUACCAGGGGCAUUCAACCAUGGGGAUGAUGGGACAGAGUAACCAAGGCAACAACAUAAUGGGUCAAAGGCCAAUGGGGCCUUAUAGGUCAUCACAACAAGGUUCUUCUCAGCAAUACAUUGGACAGGAAGAUUACUAUGGUGAGCAAUAUGGACAUGGCCAAGGACCCACAGAUUCCAUUAAUCAACAAUAUUACCCUGAUGGUCACAGUGAAUAUGCAUAUCAGCAAUCAUCAUAUGCAGAGCAAGGUUACGAGAGGUCGUUUGAGGAAUCUUCACAGCAUUACUAUGAAGGAGGAAACUCCCAGUACACUCAACAGCAGACUGCUUACCAGCAGGGACCAGCCCAGCAGCAAACCUAUUCCCAGCAGCAAUAUCCCAGCCAGCAGAGCUACCCAGGACAGCAACAAGGAUACGGUCCAACCCAGGGAGCCGCUUCUCAGUAUCCAGGUUACCAACAGGGACAGGGACAGCAAUAUGGAAGUUACAGAACUGCUCAGCCAGGGCCCUCAGCUCAGCAACAGAGGCCUUAUGGAUAUGAACAGGCAAGAUAG